AUGAAGCGCGGCGAGAGUAAUAAAAGGAGCGACGUGAAAGCAUCGUCAACAAAUAGUUCUCACCACCGGCUGAGGACGACGAAAAGUAUGCAUACGGACGGUCAACGAAAACAAAGAAGAACACGCCUCCGAGGUAGGGGUACGCUCGCCUGUGCAUCAUCGUCGGUAUCUUCGAGUAAAGGAGACAACUUCGCUAUACCUUUAUCAACAAUCGUAUCGAUACUCGCCGUCAUGUUAGCCGCGUUCUUUCAUCUCCUCGGUUUCACGGCGACGGGACCAAUCACGCCGGAAUUGGUCAAGCAUUUUGACAUCCCUGGCUCUAAAAUCGGAUAUCUCACGUCCGCCUAUCCUUUGGGUAUGUUUUUUGCGUUGUUUCUAUGGCCUCGUUUAUCCGACUUACCGAUGGUGGGUCGGAAAAAAGUAAUAACGUUAUCGCUUCUUGGAGUGGGUACGUUUUUAUUGGCGCAGGCAAAGUGCGUUUCUCUUGGAUACUCUUUUGAAACAUUUUUAAUCCUUCGCGUGCUGGCGGGUUGUUGUGCAGGUGCAUCCCCGGUCAUUAAGGCGUAUUUAGCCGAUAUUGGCUCGAGCGUAUCAGCCUCUAUGCGAGCGGCAAGUAAAAAAGCAACCAGAGAGGCCGCGACCACGGACAAGGCAGAUAUGAAUGCUAACAACAACAACGCCGCGAUCGCGGCGAAAAGGUACGAAAAUGGUGCAUUUACGGCGCGUUUAAUGGGAUGGCGAGAGGCUUGUUGUACGUUGGCGUUUGUGGUUGGCCCAACCGUAGGAGGAAUCAUAUGUUCUGGAUUGAGUUUAUCCGCAACGAUUGCGUUUACCGGAUACGCCUCAAUUUUAGCCUCCAUAUUAGUAUUUGUACUCGUCGUAGAGCCAACUAGCGCGCAGACGAUAAAUGUGGUAGCCGAUGGAAGCACGGAAAAGAGCAAAAACGAAGGAGGAGGGUCGUCUAACGAUGCAAAUGCAAACGUGGACGCGUUGUAUGACUCGCAGAACUUAAGUUGUCCGCUUGGCGUUUCUUUGGUCGCCGCGGUGGGGACAAUCUGCGUGACGUCGUUUCUUUACAACGCCGGUCAAUCUACGUUCGACUCGUUCUUUCCUCUCGUAAUUUCUAGAACAGUGGGAAUGGGACCAACGAUGAUUGGUGCCACGUUGACGUCUUUGAGUUUGGUUUCUCUGAGCAUAUCUACGCUACUCUUUGCGCCAAUCUUCAAAUUUUUCGGACUGACGAAAACCUGCGGUAUAGGAUUAGCGCUCGUCGCAAUCGGUCUGGCGAUGAUCGGCGUAUCCACCACAGCGUUCACCACUGGCUUAGGGGCGUUCUUUUACGUAUGUGGGGUUCCUCUCUUCACUCCAUCAAUCCCUAUUCUGUUGAUGCAAUGCGUGCCGACGACGUCCAGAGGGGCGGUUAUGGGAUUCGAUAGCGCGAUAAACUCCUCUGCGCGAAUCAUCACGCCUGUUUUGCUAGGAUCUGUAUUCGCAGCGUCCAGAGGGAAGGCGUUCCUUUGUGCGGCGACGUGUGUAGGUGCUGCUUUCGUUAUAGUCGUCAUCAGAAGUUUCGUGGUGUUCAGAGAGACCAGGGUGAAAUAUUUUCCGAGUAGGAAUCAGUAG